UGUCUACUAAUUAUUAAAUGAUUAUUUGAAUCGAUGUAAUAUUUUCUCGUAAAUAAUUGUUCAUAUCAAAUUAUGACAUGGUUUGUGUAAUUUAGUGAAUGAAUACUUAGUUGUAAUAUGUGACUCAAGUUGAUUUAUACCGAGGAUUGUUUUAUCUGCAAUGUGGUUGCAGCCGCGCGGUGAGACGAGCACUGGCUGGUGGACGGCUGGCACCGCCUUGCUGGCAAUCACCAGUGCCACUGUGUUCGCCAACCUGGCAGUGAUGGUGGCGCUCUGGCGGGUGCGGAGGGCCCCCUCGCACUACCCCCUGAUGAGCCUGGUGAUGGCUGACUUCCUGGUGGGCGUGGCGGUGUUACCCGUUGCUGCGAUGAGAGAGCUAUUUGUUUUUAAUUUAAAUCGCAUAAUCUGCGCACUAUGGAGUACAUUAGAUGUGCUAUGCUGUACAGCGUCUAUCCUCUCGCUAAGCGUACUUGGCUGGGAGAGGUACUCUGGCAUCACGGCGCCGUUGGCACGAGCGCGGCGGGCCAAGACUGCCAGGACGUUGUCAGUUCUCGUCUGGCCAGUUUCCAUUCUGGUAGCGUUGCCAGACGCUUUCAUUCCCUCCCCAAAGGCAUUAAAUCCAGGGGAGUUGGAAAAAGCUUGUGACGUUAAUACUAAUAUUUGGUACGUGUUCUUCAGCAUAACGCUCUCAUUCUACGUGCCUGCGACCAUGAUCUUGACUCAGUACGGGUUCAUCCUACGCGCACUCGCCUCGCCACCGCAUAUACGGGCGCACCGGGGACGGACGGUGUCGCCGCACUGUCAAAAGCUGAAGUCACAACAGACACAACAUAAAUCUUCGCCAAAGUUGGCGUCUCCAAGCGCUUCCGUAAAAACUGACACCAAUCAGAAUUUAGCUGUCGAUGCAACACCUAAAGCACCAAAUAAUUCGGCAGCACGCAUUAUGGCCUGUACUGAACCCACUACAGGAAAAUGUAGCUACAAGAGCAACUUCAUAGAGCGCCAGCGUCGAGCAACCCGCAUGAUUGUGAUGCUGAUGGCACUGUUCUUCGUCUGUUGGACUCCGUACUUCGUUAUAUUACCUUUAGAUGCGCUGUACGACAUCGUGAGUGACAGCUCCUGGGCGUGGUGCUCAUGGCUGGGCUACGUCAACUCGGCGCUCAACCCGUUCGUGUACGCCGCCGCCUCGCCCAGCGUGCGCCGCGUGUUGCAGCACAGCCACACCAGCUCUGGGCAAGAUAUACCACUAGCGCAGCGGUCGCACAGACCUUGACUGAGGUUACCAAGAUGGCGUGGUGACGUCACAAAAUGGCGGCUAGAGCGAGAAAAUGGCGGCAAGUGACAAUAUGGCGGCGGCUAAUGGCGGGGAAAGGGAACUAGCGGCGCCGAAAUCUCUGGCAUCCGGUGAGCAGGUCUU